AUGUCGCGAGCAACUCACCCACCCACCUUCCUAGUGAGCUUCCAACUCUUGAGCGUUGUGCUGGUAUUGCUCUUCCAUGCAGACAGCAUACAUGCGGAGAGCCCCAGCGAAUUGCCUGUGAAUGACACUGAGGAGUGUACUGGCUCGUACAUCUGCAAAAAGGGUGUGAUUUUACCAAUAUGGGAACCCCAAGACCCCUCAUUUGGUGACAAAAUCGCUCGGGCAACAGUGUAUUUUGUAGCCAUGGUGUACAUGUUCCUGGGAGUAUCUAUCAUAGCUGAUCGCUUCAUGUCCUCCAUCGAAGUCAUUACAUCCCAAGAGCGGGAAAUAACCAUCAAGAAGCCCAACGGCGAGACCAGCAAAACCACAGUGAGGAUCUGGAACGAGACUGUUUCCAACCUCACGCUGAUGGCCUUGGGGUCGUCUGCCCCCGAGAUCCUCCUGUCUGUUAUCGAAGUGUGUGGCCAUGGCUUCACGGCCGGGGACUUGGGGCCAAGCACAAUUGUGGGGAGUGCUGCGUUUAACAUGUUUGUCAUCAUUGCAAUCUGUGUUUACGUUGUUCCAGAUGGAGAGAUAAGAAAGAUCAAGCACUUGCGAGUGUUUUUUGUUACAGCGGCCUGGAGCAUCUUUGCCUACACUUGGCUUUACAUUAUUUUAUCUGUGUCUUCUCCUGGGAUUGUGGAAGUUUGGGAAGGUUUGCUCACCUUCUUCUUCUUCCCCAUCUGUGUGGUGUUUGCCUGGAUAGCUGACAGGAGGCUUUUAUUUUACAAGUACGUCUACAAGAAAUACCGAGCUGGCAAACAGAGAGGUAUGAUCAUUGAGCAUGAAGGUGACCGGCCCUCCUCCAAAGCUGAUAUCGAGAUGGAUGGAAAGGUUGCUAAUUCUCAUGUGGAGAACUUUUUGGAUGGGACACUGGUGUUGGAGGUAGAUGAGAAAGACCAGGAUGAUGAGGAAGCCAGGAGGGAAAUGGCUCGGAUCCUGAAGGAGCUGAAACAAAAGCACCCCGACAAGGAAAUUGAACAGCUUAUAGAGCUGGCCAACUACCAGGUCCUGAGCCAGCAGCAGAAGAGCAGGGCCUUUUACCGCAUUCAGGCCACUCGGCUGAUGACAGGAGCUGGCAACAUCUUGAAGAGACACGCUGCAGACCAGGCCCGCAAAGCCGUCAGCAUGCACGAGGUCAACAGUGAGGUGACAGAAAAUGAUCCCAUCAGCAAGCUCUACUUUGAGCAGGGUACCUACCAGUGUCUAGAGAACUGUGGCACUGUCGCCCUGACUAUCAUUCGACGGGGAGGCGACUUGACCAACACAGUGUACGUUGACUUCCGGACAGAGGAUGGGACAGCCAAUGCCGGCUCUGACUAUGAAUUCACUGAAGGGACAGUGGUCUUCAAGCCUGGAGAGACCCAGAAGGAAAUCCGUGUUGGCAUAAUCGACGAUGACAUAUUUGAGGAGGAUGAGAACUUCCUGGUCCAUCUCAGCAACGUCCGUGUGAGCACUGAGGCCUCAGAGGAGGGCAUUCUUGAGGCCAGUCGUGUCUCAACACUUGCCUGCCUGGGAUCACCAUCUACUGCCACCGUCACCAUCUUUGACGAUGACCACGCUGGCAUCUUCACCUUUGAGGAGCCAGUAACGCAUGUCAGUGAAAGUGUGGGGACUAUGGAAGUGAAAGUGUUGCGAACCUCUGGUGCACGAGGAAAUGUUAUUGUGCCCUACAAAACCAUUGAAGGCUCAGCCAAAGGUGGAGGAGAGGACUUUGAAGACACCUGUGGGGAGCUGGAGUUCCAGAACGAUGAGAUCGUGUAA